AUGGGAAUAAAAUCAAAUGACGUAAAUAUUCACAUAGUAAGACUAGGGUAUUACACUGAAUACCGAGCAGAACUGAAAAAAUUGGGCAUGAAGGUCAUGGAAGUGAUGGAUGAGAAUUUGGGGUUACCCAACGGAUUCGUCAAGAAAGCAUUUGAUGGUGAAGAAGGCAGUGCCUUCUUUGGCGCCAAGGCAAGCCACUAUCCCCCAUGUCCAAAUCCAGAGCUGGUGAAUGGUCUCCAAGCUCACACCAAUGCUGGAGGCGUCAUCCUACUUUUCCAAGAUGACAAGGUGGGAGGUCUUCAAAUCCUCAAAGAUCAUGGUAAAUGGACCGAUGUUCAGCCAUUGCCAAAUGCCAUUGUCAUCAACACUGGAGAUCAGAUUGAGGUCUUGAGCGAUGGUCGAUAUAAGAGUGUCUGGCACCGAGUUUUGGCCACACCAGAUGGAAACAGAAGAUCAAUUGCUUCAUUUUACAAUCCCUGCCUUAAAGCCACCAUAUCCCCUGCACCUCAGCUGGUGGAGAAUCUUAAGAAAGAGGUGGAUCAAGCUUACCCCAAGUUUGUGUUUGGUGACUAUAUGUCUGUGUAUGCUGAGCAGAAGUUCCUCCCAAAGGAACCAAGGUUCCAAGCUGUGAGGGCCAUGUAAGAAGCAAAAACAUUAAUCUUCCCACAAAAUUACAUACAUGAUAUAAAAUAUAUAUGGACUUUUUUUCCUUUUUUAUUUUAUUAUGGGCUUAGUGAUGAAGAUUUGCCAACAGGUAAAGGAUACCACUGGCUGCUUGUCUUCUCUGUACGCUCGCUGAGGUAGGACAGAAAGCUAAUGUGGGUAUUAGUGUGUUUGUUUACGAUUGCUAGCUGUUUUUCUUUCUUGUUAUGUAAUAAUGAGAUGCAUAAAUCCACAUGCCAUGGUCUGCUUUGUAUAAUAUAAUUAUAUAAAUUGAGCUUUUGGGUAGUUUCUUUUUCUUGCUACAGAUGAUGGGAUGCUAAAAUGAUCACCAUCUUAAUGUCGUUUUCUUUCAUUAGCAAUAAUAUAAAAGGACUGACCGUAAAUACAGUUCUUUUGAGUAUA